ACGUCUGGUGCAGAUAUGAAGAGGAGGAAGUCUGUCCUGGCCGUAGACACCGCAGAUGUUCUGACUUGUUCCCGUUGUCUUCAUCGCACCUGAAUCCAUCAGACAUGAGGUGAAAAGAGGAGCCGCUCUUCGGAGGUUCAUAGCAGCGAAGAAGCUGCCUGUGAUGUCCAGACCUUAGACGUAAACUGAACUCUCUCCCAUCAUGGACUCCAAAAAGCCAGGCAUGCUGAAGCACCUCCGCAUGAAGGUGCAACCUCUGAUACCUGGCCUCCGGCGGGGGAAGGCAAGCUCCACCAAACCCGUGGUGAGGCUAGAACAUCCACUGGACCAUCGGAUCAGCUCCUCCGUUCCCGACAUGAGGGACAUGAGGCAGGAGUAUGUUCGCGUGUCCUCCAACGCGCAGCUCCAACAGUGUGACAUUUUGAGCUAUAGCAGCCCUUCCACACCACUAAACAAACCAGGUGGAGCACAAGGAGGAGGUGGGAGUGGCCUGAAGAUGGGAGCAGUCGCCACAGCAGCUGGGAGGAGUGAACACAGACUAAGUGUGCCUGCAGACAACACAGACUGGGCUUCCUCUCAGGAGUCACUCACCAGUUUCUGUGAAGACGAAAGGAGCUCAGUGGAGUUAACAUACAGAUCUACCAGAGGUAUGGAGCCGGAGGAGCUGGCUCUGCCUGAGAUGAUGACCGUCUACAGUCCUGACACCUCUGCAGAGAUGUCCAAGGACAACCCACAGUAUGAUAGACAGGGAUUCAACAGUCAGCUGAUAAAAGACGGAGACAACCAAAAUAGUGAUAUGGGCAGUGAGACUCUAAAUGUGUCAGAGAACAUCAGGGACCCUCCGAGAUCCUUCCUACUCACUAUCAACCUGAAGGAAGGCCGCAGCCUCGUCAUCAGGGACCGGUGUGGUACAAGCGACCCUUAUGUCAAAUUCAAAUUGGAUGGAAAAACUUUCUACAAAAGCAAAGUAGUCUAUAAAAAUCUCAAUCCUACAUGGAAUGAGACCUUCUCUCUGCCUGUGAAGGACCUGAACCAGAAAAUGUACAUUAAGGUAUAUGACCGUGACCUAACCACAGAUGACUUCAUGGGCUCCGCCAGCGUCCUCCUCAGUGAUCUGGAAAUGGACAAGGUCAAUGAGCUAUCUUUGCAGUUGGAUGACCCCAACAGCCUGGAGGACGACAUGGGCGUGGUUCUGGUGGAUAUGACUGUGUCACGGAGAAAUGGAGACAGCAAAAAAGGCCCUCGGUGGCCCCGAAAACGCAGUGUUAGGUUGGGAAAUUCACCUCCGAGCUUUCGUCUGUCUGAUACAUUGAGGAAGAGUCAGUUGUGGACUUCUGUUGUGUCAGUGACUUUGGUUGAAGGUCGAGAGCUGGCACUAGACACUCAAGGAGGUCAGCUCUUUGUUCGCUUCAGAUUUGGAGAGCAGAGUUACAAAAGCAAGAAUCACUGCAAAGUGGCCAAUCCUCAGUGGAGGGAGAGGUUCACCUUUAACCAGUUCAUGGACAGUCCAGAUAUAAUGGAGGUGGAGCUCUGGUCCAAAGAAGGACGAAGAAAUGAGGAGUGUUUGGGAAUGUGUGAAGUGGACCUGUCCAGGAUCCCUGUCAAUCAAAGGCAGCUGUUCACACACACUCUGGACCAGUGCCGAGGAUGCCUGAUCUUCCUGGUCGCGUUGAAUCCCUGCAGUAGCGUCUCUAUCGCUGACCUUUGUGCUGCCCCGCUUGACGAACCUCGCGAACGACAGAACCAGCUGGACAACUACAGUUUAAAAAGGUCCAUGAAAAACCUCCGUGAUGUUGGUUUCCUUCAAGUCAAAGUUAUCAAGGCUGCAGAUCUGAUUGCAGCUGAUUUAAAUGGAAAGAGUGAUCCCUUCUGUGUGUUGGAACUGGAAAAUGACAGACUUCAGACCCAUACAGUAUACAAGACCCUUCAUCCUGAGUGGAAUAAAGUCUUCACCUUUCCUGUCAAAGACAUUCAUGACGUGCUGACGGUGACCAUCUUUGAUGAGGAUGGAGACAAGGCGCCAGACUUUCUGGGAAAAGUUGCCAUUCCCCUUCUUUCGAUCCGCGGGGGACAACAGAUCACCUUCCCCCUGAAAAAAGAGGAUCUGGGUGGCCUGUCGAAGGGGAGCAUCACUCUAGAGCUGGAGGUUAUUUUUAACCCUGUCAGAGCAAGUAUAAGAACCUUUCAGCCCAAACAAAGACGUUUCAUGGAGGAUAACCCUAAAUUUUCCAAAAAGGCUUUAGCCAGGAACGUGCUGCGUGUUCAGGCGCUGUACAGAGCUAUCAUGUCGACUCUGCAGUACAUCAAAAGCUGCUUCCAGUGGGAGAGCAUUCAGAGGAGCCUGCUAGCCUUCCUGGUGUUUGUCGUGACAGUGUGGAAUUUGGAGUUUUACAUGCUGCCCCUCUUCCUGGUCCUGCUCAUCUCAUGGAAAUACAUCCAGAUCCACAAUAGUCCCAACACUCAAGACCUGAGAGCAGAGAGCUUCAAGAGGAAGGACAAUAUUGACGUUGCAGAUGAAGAUGAGGAUGAUGAGAAGGAGUCGGAGAGAAAAGGGCUGAUAGAGAAAAUCCACAUGGUCCAAGACACCAUUGUUACCCUACAAAACCUCCUGGAUGAUAUCGCCAGCUUUGGAGAGAGGAUUAAAAAUACAUUCAACUGGUCCGUGCCGUUCCUGUCCUGCUUGGCUUUCUUCAUCUUCAUCAUCGCAACAAUCCUCACAUACUACAUCCCGCUACGCUACAUAGUUUUAAUAUGGGGUAUCAAUAAAUUCACCAAGAAAUUACGGAACCCAUACUGCAUUGACAACAAUGAAGUGCUUGAUUUCCUGACGAGGGUGCCUUCAGAUGUGCAGAAGGUCCAGUACAGUGAGAUGAGAGGCAACAGGAAGAAGAAGAUCUCGUAGAGCGAGGUGUUUUGUAAACACACCCGAUGCUGCUUCUUCCAGAGGAUGUGAAAACUGCUGGAGGUCUGCCGAGUCUCACUUUUUGCUGGUUUCUGGGUUGUGUGGCAGGUUUAAAUCUUAACUGUGGUAACGCUUCACUCCACGCUGCACAUAUCAACCAGCACUUUUACAAUAUUUCAACCAAAGAGAAAGACCCUGACAUCCCUGAUAGACAGAGGUUACUUUAUCAUCUUUUAUAACAGAUUUUUUCAAUGUAUCUAUCUGUGCAUUAUUUGCAAAGACUGUAGAUUUGUCUUCUGUGUACAGUUUAUUCUUUCAGAAUUUAAAUCAAAAGCUGCUUUAUUUAAUACCCAUAAGCCCUCGUUCUCUCCAAAGUAUUUUUCUGAAUGUAUAUGAGAAGAAUGUAAGAUUUCUAUGUAUAUUUUCAUAAUUUUACAAUAGCAGAUAUGAAGAUUUAUAUACCAAAAUGUAUUACUCACCAUUUAAAACAGUAAUACGAUUGUUGGGUUAACAGUAAAUGUUCAUCUUUUUACAUAUGUUUUCAAGUAGAAAGGCUUUUUGGUUUUAAACAUAACUGAUGACAUUCAGACUCUAGUUACUUUUCCAGAAUACACAUUGCCAUAUGUAGAUGUGCAUAUAAUGUUGACAGACUAAUUUUACUUGGCUGUUACAAUAUGGGCUUCAUACAAAACUGCUUUUAGUUUGUUUUUGGUUGCUCCCACAUAUGCACACAUUGAACUCUACAUGGUGUUUUACCCUUUGCUUGUGAGCGGGAAUGGGUCAGACCUAUACACACUUUAUUUAUUAAUGAUAAUCUCUGAAAACUUUUUUUGUCUCUAAUAUCUUACAGCAAUAAAUGAACACAAUCACACAGUGCAAAGUCUUUAA